UAAACGUUUUUGGAUUUCGAUUCUUGACCUCUCUGUAAACGGGACGCGAUAAAAAUAUCGAUUCUCUCAGGGACUAGAAGCUUGCUUGCGGUUUAUCCGAAUCCACCCGGUGACCGUCCGUAGCUCAUCUAUCCGCUCAGUGAUGGAGGAACAAUUCAUACUCAGAGUUCCACCUUCUAUUGCAGAGAGGUUAAAUCAGCUUUUGAGUGAAAAUGCUUCUUCCUCUGAAGAUAACUCAUUGGAUUUGUCAUUUUCUGAGGAUGGGAGGAGUGGAACGUUUGCAAUUGGCAGCGAGAGUUUCCCUGCAUCUCUCUUGGAUCUUCCUGCUGUUGUUGAGUCUUACAAAACUUAUGAUGAUUGUGCACUUGUUAAAACUGCAGACAUUGGUCAGAUGAUAAUGGUUAGAGAAGCUGGAGACGCUGCCCCAGAUGUAUUGGAGUACAGACAUGGUCUCACACCUCCGAUGAGAGAUGCUCGAAAACGAAGAUUUCGCAGGGAGCCAGAUCUAAAUCCAGAGCUUGUGCAGCGUGUUGAGAAGGAUGUGUUGAACAUCAUGGCUGGUGUAACAAUUGAAAAUGUCGAUGCUGAAGUGAAUGAACAAGCUGAUGGUGACGAGAAUGCUCGUAAGGGGACCAAGAAAGCUGUCCCUACACCUACAGCGAAGACUGAUGUCCCGGAAACAGUAGCUAACACUGGGGGACCUGAGGGAAGUGAUUCUGAUGACUCUGAUGAUUCCACUUGAUCCAACUUAUACUCAGAUCUCAAUGCCCUUGUCAAGUAUGGACGUAAUCUCAGUAGUUGAUAAGUUUACAUAUCACCUAUAAAUGUGAUGUCUUGAUUCUUCUAUUUUGGCUUUGUGAAAUUAUCUUUGUAUGUUUCAGUUUCUGUGUGUGGUUCCCAGUUCCCACUAGUUCCCUACUUUCCUGUAGUUGGUGUAUAAAUUAUGCAUCUCUGAUCUCUGAUAAAAGGAUUUUGAGAUCUAUAUAUGUCCAGAUCUUUUAAGUUUAGUUUUA